AUGUCGACAGAAAAUGACUCACUAGAGGGAGCGCCCGUCGAUGCUAGGCAAGAUGUGAAUCCCACUGGCCCAUCUCCAUCUCUUCAAUCUGUCUCGGAGCAAGAUCUAGAUGGAAAUCUCACAGCCUCAUUCAGUGGUACUCCCUCGGAGAAGUCUUCGGUUACUGGAUCGUUGCUCAAUUUACAUGAAGUACUCAAACAAGGCUUUGGAUUGAGCGACUCUCCUGACGAAGCACGUCAAUGGCUUCUCACUUUCGGUAAUCACAAACCAGGAACUGAUGUCUCUUAUCAUCUCAAGAAAAUUUCCCAGCAGAUUGACGAGGAAUCCGAUGCCACAAGCUUUCUUUCGUUGUUGAACCAAUGGCUUGUUUUGUGGUCAGCAAAGUCUGACCGAGAAAGAAAGGAGAACAAGACUUCCAGAACUGCCUCUCACAAAGAGCAAAAGAAUCUCGAAUGGUUGUUACGAUACACUUCUGAUUACCUUGCACUAGGACACCAGAGUUCCACUAUCCCACACCUCGCUCAGACUGUGCAAGCCACUACAACAAUUUGUCUCAACGCUAGUCGGUUGUCAGAUAUCAACUUGGGAGUUGCUGUUCUGUACACCAUAGCCGCCAAUUUUGAUUUCCCAGAGAGUGGUCUGGAACAAACAUUGGUGGUUCUAUGUGCAUCAGCUGCAAAUCUUCCCGAAACACCGGAUCACCUCUUUGACUGUGCAAAAAUCUUGGCCACAGGUUGCCACAGUCUACGGGUUCUUGAAGCACUGGGCGCCUUUAUAUUGACCCCAACCUCUGCCAACAACAGCAAGAAUCUGUCCCAUGCCCGAGGGGCGACUCGCAUCUUACGCAUACUUCUUCUAGAGAAGGAAAAGGGUGGUGAAUUUGUCGUCGAAUUGGAGAGCGUCAUUGACGUAUUGUACACUGCUAGCAGUCAGGGCAUCCUCCGCCUCGGCCAUGAUAUCCUUAGUACAUUGCACUCACUCUUGUGCUGUGAGGCGAGGCACGAAGAGAUCCUAGAGCUUGACUUCGGCAAAAUUGUCGAAACUGUGCAAUACUGUCUGGAGGCGAACCCACUUGGUUUUCCGCCCGGCAGGAGGGAAAGCCUUGUUUUGUUUCCCACACCGCCACAGGAAGAUGAUAAUCGACAGUACGAGCGAUACUUCCGUGAUCGAGAAGCAAUGGCUGGAAAAAUCGGCCAAGACCUUGGACAAUUAUUUGAGUCUCUUCCGCUACCUUUUCGUGGUAUCAUCGACACAUUCUUCCUCUCGUAUCCGCAAUUUGCUGAGUCUUCUCAGCUGAUACUGAGUCUGAGCAAUUUGCAGAAUCGUUAUUUGGAAGGCGACAAAGAUGAUGCCAGGAAAGAGUAUGCCGAAAAGAUUUAUGACAAUAUUGUCCAAAACACUACGCUACCACUGGCCUGUCGCCUGAAAGGGAUCGAAGUUGUUGUGCACUCGGGAGAUCAAAUAACGGACGCUGAAGCAGAACCCAUGCAAGUGAGCACACGAGCUUAUGGCUGGAUACUGGAUAAAUUGCUCAACCAAAUCGAUGUUGAGCAAGACCGACAAGUUUUUGGCACACUGCUGAGAUCACUUGAGUAUAUGACCGGCAACUACGCAGCGGCAGCGAAGGAGGCCGCGUUGACCAUGCGGACUCUGGAAAAACUCAGCAGCCUCAUAUUAGUCGGUCCAAGAUCAGGCUCUUGGAGCGGCGAACUAGCUAUCUCGGCCACGAAUGUCCUCACGACAAUCUUUGCUUACAGCAUGCAUACCGAUGCACACGCUGCGGUUCGAGCAUUCGAGAUUUUGUUGGAGGUCGCAAGCCCUGUGUGUAAAUCCCGAACUGCACGGCUUAUCUCGAAGCGGUUACUCUUUCGACUGCGUGCCGAUGACGCGGGCUUCAUCUACAUCAAUGCUACCAGCGAGAGUUCAAAUAUUGCCGCUGCCUUGCUCCGAACUCGGGAGUCGGCGGAGGCUUUUACGUACGAGAUUCCCACGACGCAAAGACACUCAGCUAGUAGCACGAGCUUGUCAAGUAAAUCGGAAGCCAAUGAUCCUACUUGGAUCUACCCCGAUACUGAAGAUGUUGAUUUCCCGUUUGCUGGACGCUCUUCAAAGAUACUCAAUGUUGACCGUGGUGCCGGUGCUGGCGUCCAAGCCGAACUAGACAUGGACACCUGGCUGAUGAACAUCAUCACAUGUCUACACACUGAUGUGGAUUGGGAAACUUACGGCUACACGAUCGUUCACGUCGCGGCACAGCUAAGCAAUAUUUCAUUGUUUCUCAACUCCCUGGAAGCGGUAGUGAAGCUUCGGCAAGUGCUCUGUGGACAGAUUGUCAAUGCGACUUUUCGCGAAGCGCCUCAACCGAGUGGACUGAAGAAAUCAGAUGUGGCUAUAUGCAUGUUUCACUUUCUCACUUCAUUGAUCCCAUACGCGACGAUGAAGUCAGAAUCCAUCCAGAAAGGGUUUGGAGACGAUCUUGUUCGUGCAUUCAUUUCAGGGCUUGGCGCAGCAUGGGAGGGUACGUCUCGAAAUUGCAUACAUUCGUUGUCUGUGUGCAGUCUCGAGAUACCAUCUUCGGUGGCCUCGUUAUAUCCAACAAUCAUCGACAAGAUGUCCAAGAACAUGACUCAAGCACAUCUUACAAGCCACAUUCUUGAGUUUCUCACCGAGGUUGCUUUGCAAACCGAAAUGCAUUCCAACUUGAAUCCUGAUGAAAUCCAAAUAAUAUUUGGCAUCUGCAUUCAAUUCCUCGAGAAGACUCGCGAGCAACAUCAAGCAUUUGUGACAUCACCACCAGGUAGAAUGAACGCAGGAACACGGCACAGUGGAAUGAAUUUUCGCCGACCACCAUACCGAGCAGCAAUGCUGGUAGACAAUGGACUGCCACAAUACGCAGCCGCGUUGGCCUACCAUAACAUGAUCUUUUGGUUCUUGUCACUUCGGCUCGAAAGCCGGGCCAAAUAUGUAUCAUGGAUUGUGCCUCGCCUUAUCUGGAAGAAUUCCAGGGGAGAAGAGACGAUAGAUGAACAGAGCCAGGUGCUGAUUGACAUGAUGCAGAGAACGGCAUAUUCCGAUCUUGGGGAGACAACUCCAGAUCCCGAUUUUGCUGGGCCAGAUGAUGGGCCAGUCUCCAACAAAUCUUGGAUCGUGGGUUUGAGUGUCAUCACAGCGGCAACAUCAGGACAUACCGGCAAGACACAAAUCACUAAGCGACAGGCAUCAGGCACGACGUACGCCAGUUAUCAGCAGCGUACUACACGCCUUCCAUCCCAUCACGCACCCAGUCAAACUCAGAUCCGCCACGAGGAAGCGACAACCGAAAUAUUGCCAUCUCAUGUACUGCUUCAAAUGAUGGCUAGUGCGGCAACCACCAGCUUAGCUGAUCAGCCACUUCAAUUGCCGCAAGAAGACUAUGUGACUCGAGCCUUAGAUAUGUUUGAUCGAGUUCCGACUGUGGCCAGCCACAAGAUAGGAGUUAUGUAUGUCGGACCUGGGCAAUUGACCGAAUCAGCAUACCUUGCCAAUACUAGUGGCUCUCCGGACUUUGAACGUCUUCUGGAUGGCCUUGGCUACACAGUGUCGUUGGAACCACCACUUCGAUUCAAUCCACAAGGAUUAGAAUAUCCUCGGGACGGAGAGAAGACAAUAGCAUGGCGUGAUCGGGUGGCAGAAAUCGUGUAUCAUAUCCCAACCUUGAUGCCGACUGAAGCAGACGAUCCUCAAUGCAUUACCAAAAAGUCGCACGUCGGAAAUUGUCAUGUGAACGUUAUCUUCAAUCGAUCAGGAACGACGUGGAAGAUGGAUAACUUCAAGUCACAGCUCAAUUAUGUGAAUAUUGUUAUUAAGCCAGCAUGCCGCGGCAGAGCGGAGGAGGAUUUGGAAUUUUUACCAGGGUUCUAUUGGGUCCAGGUCAUCACCAGAGAUGGGCUGCCCAAUUUGUCACCGGCGGCAGAACCCAAAGUCAUUUCAGCCGAGAAGCUUGCGCAAUUCGUUCGAGUGUUGGCAAUCAAUGCCAGCCAGUUCUGUCUGACUUGGAAUACCAAAGAUAGCGACAGAGAAUAUCCUAGCGAGUGGCGGACCAGAUUGCAGCACAUCAAGAUGCUCAAAGAGCGGGUUUUGGCUAAAGCCGCUGACAAGCAACAGUUGGCAGCCUUGACCUCGCCUGCGGCAAACUCUUCUGCGCCAGGAACAUCGAGUGGUAGACGAACACCAGUACCUCGAGACGAAUCAACUGCAACACGCAGAGAUGGGAUGCUGGCAACUCAGCUUGAUUUCAGUGCUUGGACGCUCUAA